GAUAAUGCAACGAAAACAAUUGUCUUUUUAAUCAGGGUGAUAAUGAAAGAUUGGACUAAGGUGUUUUCAGCUGCCUUCAUCGGAGCUGUUGUUGCAAAUUUCAUCACUGUGUCAGCCAAUGAUAACUCUUCUACAGAGGAAGACGAAUGGAAGAUCGAAUGGUACCUAAAUCUAACAAUAACUUGGAUUGCCAAACCACCGUAUGUCGCUCGACCCACCAAUGGAUCUAUAGACAGCGGGGCUCAGGGACUGAUCCGAGAUACGCUUUUACGAUACAUGACGUAUGAAUGCGGUUUGGUUAAUCGUAUCAAAUACCAAGUGGAAGACCGGCAAGUUAACAGUGAAUAUGAAAUGAUCGUACUUCUCGAGCAAAACAAAGUCCACGUUGCAGCUCCUAUAUUUGAACCAAAAGGGGACAGACACUACAGCGAGUUCCCAUUUUUCAAAGUUGUUGAUUAUCCAGGAACAGACUACAUUACCACUGAAGAAGGGAACAACAAGAUCAGCUAUGUUUUGGAUGCCGUUCUGAAGUCUUGGCCACUGCUAGCUGUUACUCUGGUCCUGACAGCCAUUUCAGGAGUUGUUAUGUGGGCUUUGGUAAGUUUGAAUUUGUGUAACAAAACAUUCUCUAGCGCCCAAAGGGUAUUUUCUAACUAUAUCCGCUACUUUUUUAUUGUUUAAUAAAUUUAAACCUUUGCAAAAUGAUUUACGUGAUCUUUCAACGUCAGCAACCCAUUUUAUCUGCGAGAGGUGGGAAACAAUUAUCAUGAUUGAAGGAAAAAAAUAAAUCAACCAUAGACUGUCUGACUUAACUAGAGGGUACUCGUCGGGGAGCUAGGCCACCUGUGCAGUUCAUAAUUAUAAAUAUUAAUAACUAUACCCGGUUCAUGUGACAAGCGUUCUUCGUGUAGUUAAGAACUAAAAUGCUACGCUUAGAAAAACAUUGUCGAAAGUGUGGAGUAUGGAGUAAGCAUUUGAGUUUGGAUUAUUUGAUCUUAGGAGCACUAUUUUGUGUCCUUAAGAGACAGUUAGGAAGUGUCACGGCAAAAAAAAUAUAUAUUUGAAAUCAUUCACUUCCUACCUCUUAUCAACAACAGCGACCGGCACAUCUUGCAGCGGGGAGGCAACCGUUUGGGGAUACACAUUGAGAAAUUUGACCGUAUUUAUUUCUUCAUUAAUAAUAUAACACUUUUUUUCUUGUUUACUAAGAAUUGUUUCUUCACUUUUUUCAGGACACUUACUGGAAUAGUGAAGAGUUUCCACGUUCAUUCAUCAAAGGCUCAUGGGAUGGAUUUUGGUGGUCUUUUAUUUCGAUGACCACAGUAGGGUAAACCUCUUUAGUUACAUAACUAGCUUUGCAAAAAAUGUUGUCAAACACCUAAUGAAUUUUGGAGAUUUUAUUUAAAUUUAUGGACACUACAAAUUUUAAUUGGACCUCAAAACAGUGGACCAGAGAAGCCUCCCUUGUUGAUGUCCAAUGUUUAUUUCGAGCCGAUUCAGCAUGGUCCAGCCAUCUAAUUUUGGAUGUUCUAUCAUGAUCAGUGUGCAAGCAGAUUUAAGGUGAUAAUGAUCUAUUUCGUCUCAGGUAUGGUGACAAAUCUCCCAAAUCUCUUCCUGCACGGAUAUUCUCUAUUGUUUGGAUUCUCGUGGGCCUGAUUGUUAUGGCAAUCUUUACAGCGAACGUCACUUCAGCCCUGACGGCUCUUUCCCAGGAAACCGAACCAAGUAGCUUUGCUAAUAAGAAAGUGAGGCUGAUAGAUUGCUAAACAAUGAAAAAAAACGUGGCAUGUUGUGGAUAAAUUAGCGAUGCAAGAGGCUAACGCCGUGCAACGUACACCAUGCAUUCCCGAACAGAUUGCAGAUCACCAAGAAAAUGUCAUCAUUACAUGUGAAGACACGCGUAACCAUGUUGUGACUUUCCUAUUUCUGUUCUUUUUCUUGGUUAAAUUUCAUUCAUGUUCUUGCCGUUAUUCCUAUUAUUCUUCUCCUGCGUCCUCUUUUUCUUUUUCGUUGUCGUCAUGUCCUUUUUAAAAACCAUCUAAAAAGUUAUUAUUAUAAUUAUACAACUGUGUUGUAGAAAACUAUAAUAUGUCUGAUAAAAAAGUUUUUUUCAUCAGGUUGCAGUUAUAGGAAAUGGGACAGAGUACCAACAUGCACUACAGGAGGAGGCUGAACCAAUAGGUAUUUAUGUACAAUUCCAUAACCACUGGAUGCAAUUAGUUGUUCUAAAACCAGAGUGUAAGCUUUACCAAUUGAAUAAGCAACUGGUUGCAAGCAUGGCCCAUCAACCCUGGACACGAAAAGGGUAAAAUGUCUUGGAUACGUCGACGGAGUAUGCACCCUCAUAUUCAAUCAAUCCAUUUGCUACAAUUAAUUGCUUUAAUUUAAGAAUUAUAGUCAACUGGUUUUCCUUGUGAGCCGUUAGCCUUAAGAACGACGUCUCAACAACCUAUGCAAAAGUCAACAGCUACAGUCUUGUACGUCAGUUGGGUGUAAUAAACGUUAAUAAAUGUUAAUACUUUGUUGUUUUUUUUUCAUACUGUAUCUAGUGCGCAACAGUAUCGAAGACGCUGUUAAAGAUGUGCAGUCCCAGAAAGUUGAUGGAUUAUUCAUAGAUCACUACGCAAACACCUUUUACCACUCAAGAGAAAAACUGAAAACGCUUCUCACCGUCAAGAAAUUGGAACUUCAAAGAGAUGUCGGGGUUCUCUUUUCAAAGGACAGAAAACACCUGGCAGAUUGCUUAAAUUAUCAUCGUUCCACCAUUUUGAGGUCGGCUCAAACUAUCACUGCAACAUAUAAGGUACAGCUUUAAGUUGGGAGAAUUAUUUGAACAGCGAGCUCCGAUCUCUGCUUUAUCAGCUAUUGUGCGUGAAGCAUGAAAAACAUUUAACAGGGUCAGCAACCUCUGUUACCCAGGUCACUUAGACAAAAGUAACCAAUUCGAAUACAGAAGAGGAGAAAUUAAUUCCUUAUGACUUCUUCCUUGUCAUUGCUUGCCUUAGUCCCAUGAAAUGAUUGGCACGAUUUGAGUCAUGAUGAAUUGAUCUAUUUAUAAGAAAAUCAUGAAUGUUUCCUUUUUUUGACAGUCCACCAAAAGCAAUCCAGCCAAACAAUUCAGUUUGUUUGACGAUUCCUUCAGCUUUGUUAAAGUACUCCUGUACAUUUUGCUUGGAGUAUUGGCGGGAAUGCUUUGUAUUGGAGUAAUAUGGGACUUACUUAUCAGGAAGAAGUCUGGCAAGAAGCAAAAUUCCAUGAUAGAGUGGCGUAAGCUUGUUUCCUCUUGACGGUGUCCAUUUAUUCAUCGUGUUGUGAAUAGUUUCAUCUGCCUUUAAUUCAUUCAUCUAUCCAUUUAUCCAUCGGUCUUUUCAUUUUACUUAAGUUUACGAAUCUAUCCAUUCAACCCCACAUCAGUCAUUACGGAUUAAGUGAUUCAGUAAUUUAUACAAUUAUUCACCUUUUCAACCAGCCAUCCCUUCAUCAGUCGUCUCGUUCGUCCUUAUAUCCAUCCAUCCAUCCAUCCAUCCAUUCAUUCGAUUCAUUCACGUCAUCCACAAAUUUAUCUAAUUAUUUUUUCUCAUUUUUUCUGUUUUUUUUCUAUUCAACAUUGUAUUCAGUUCGAUUCCAACGGCGGGCCUUCUCCAUUGAUGUGGUUAUGUGGCAUUACGAAAUAAUCCAAUUUCAUUCAUUUAACAGAAGCUGAAAACAAAGGAAUGGCGUUAACUGAGAGAGAAAGUAUUCUCAACGACUUUGAAGUAGCCAAAAGACUUCUUAAACAAAUGCAAGAUCACUUUACAACACUGGAAUCAAAGGUUUCAAAAAUUCGGGAUAACCAGUAA